GAAGAUUCUAACCAAUAAGAGGAAAUCUAAGGCUCUAGGCUGAAAGCUAAGGGCCACAUAUAUGCCUGGGUGAUGCUGAAGCAGGUUACGCUUUCUGGGAAGGCUCCUGAGCGCUUUGAAGAACAAUCUGAAGAUUGUAUAGGAGACAAUACAUCAAGAAUCUAUGGAGUUCUUCUAGAACAAAAGCUAGGAGAAAAAUACAUUAGUGUUUAUUCUGAGGAGAAAAUAGAUUUUUUUUUCAAAAAAAAAGGCAUAAAGUAGAAAGCUUAGUAAAAAAAACCCAUUUUGGAAGAUGUCACUGAACAACUCUUCCAGUGUAUUUCCGGAUUCAGUGCCCAGUAAUACCAAUCGCUUUCAAGUUAAUGUCAUAAAUGAGAGCCAUGAAAGCAGUGCGGCCGCGGAGGACAACGCCGACCCUCCACAUUACGAGGAGACCUCCUUUGGGGAUGCAGCCCAGAACAGAUUCAGAGUCAGCUUUAGGCCUGGGAACCAGGAGUGCUAUGACAAUUUCCUCCACAAUGGAGAAACUGCUAAAACAGAUACCAGUUUUCACGCUUAUGAUUCUCACACAAACACAUACUACCUGCAAACCUUUGGCCACAACACGGUGGAUGCCAUUCCCAAGAUAGAGUACUAUCGCAACACCGGCAGCGUCAGUGGGCCCAAGGUCAGCCGACCCAGCCUGCUGGAGAUUCAUGAGCAAUUUGCAAAGAGUGUAGCAGUGGCCCCGGGUUCAGCCGACAGGGUUGCUAACGGUGAUGGGAUGCCUGGAGAUGAACAAGCUGAAAACAAGGAAGAAGAAAAUAAAGGCGGUGCCGUGAAGUUCGGAUGGGUGAAAGGUGUGCUGGUAAGAUGCAUGCUGAAUAUCUGGGGUGUCAUGCUCUUCAUACGCCUCUCCUGGAUUGUUGGAGAAGCUGGAAUCGGUCUUGGAGUUCUCAUAAUUCUUCUUUCCACCAUGGUAACUUCUAUUACUGGGUUGUCAACUUCUGCAAUAGCAACUAACGGGUUUGUUCGUGGAGGUCUUGGAUUCGUCAUCAUUGGACUGAGUGUGGUAGUGACAACACUCACAGGUAUUUCUAUGUCUGCUAUUUGCACAAAUGGAGUAGUAAGAGGAGGUGGGGCCUACUAUCUAAUUUCCAGAAGCUUAGGGCCCGAGUUUGGUGGGUCUAUAGGCUUGAUCUUUGCUUUUGCCAAUGCAGUGGCUGUUGCUAUGUAUGUGGUGGGAUUUGCUGAGACUGUGGUAGACCUUCUUAAGGAGACUGAUUCAAUGAUGGUGGAUCCAACCAAUGACAUUCGGAUAAUAGGCUCCAUCACAGUGGUGAUUCUUUUAGGAAUUUCAGUAGCUGGAAUGGAAUGGGAAGCUAAGGCUCAGGUGAUUCUUCUGAUCAUUCUUCUCAUUGCUAUUGCAAACUUCUUCAUUGGAACAGUCAUUCCAUCCAACAAUGAGAAGAAGUCCAGAGGUUUCUUUAAUUACCAAGCAUCAAUAUUUGCGGAAAACUUUGGGCCAAGCUUCACGAAAGGCGAAGGCUUCUUCUCUGUCUUUGCCAUUUUCUUCCCAGCAGCUACUGGGAUUCUCGCAGGUGCCAAUAUCUCAGGAGAUCUGGAGGAUCCCCAAGAUGCCAUCCCCAGAGGAACCAUGCUGGCUAUUUUCAUCACCACUGUCGCCUACUUAGGAGUUGCCAUUUGUGUAGGAGCCUGUGUGGUCCGCGAUGCUACUGGGAACCUGAAUGACACCAUCAUUUCUGGGAUUAACUGCAAUGGUUCAGCAGCCUGCGUGUUGGGCUACGACUUCUCAAGAUGUCGACAUGAACCAUGUCAGUACGGGCUGAUGAACAAUUUCCAGGUCAUGAGCAUGGUGUCAGGGUUUGGCCCCCUCAUCACUGCUGGCAUCUUUUCUGCAACGCUCUCCUCGGCCCUGGCCUCCCUCGUCAGCGCACCCAAGGUGUUCCAGGCGCUGUGCAAGGACAACAUCUAUAAAGCUCUCCAGUUCUUUGCAAAGGGCUAUGGGAAGAACAAUGAACCCCUGAGGGGAUAUAUCCUCACCUUCGUCAUAGCCAUGGCCUUCAUUCUUAUUGCGGAACUGAACACCAUCGCGCCCAUCAUCUCCAACUUUUUCCUGGCCUCGUACGCACUUAUUAAUUUCUCUUGCUUCCAUGCUUCUUAUGCCAAAUCUCCAGGAUGGAGACCUGCGUAUGGAGUUUACAAUAUGUGGGUGUCUCUCUUUGGAGCUGUUUUGUGCUGUGCGGUCAUGUUUGUCAUCAACUGGUGGGCAGCUGUCAUCACCUAUGUCAUUGAGUUCUUCCUCUAUGUCUAUGUGACUUAUAAGAAGCCAGAUGUGAACUGGGGCUCCUCCACACAGGCUCUUUCCUACGUGAGCGCUUUAGACAACGCUCUGGAAUUAACUACAGUGGAAGACCAUGUGAAAAAUUUCAGGCCCCAGUGCAUUGUCUUAACAGGGGGUCCCAUGACAAGACCUGCUCUCUUGGACAUAACUCAUGCCUUUACCAAAAACAGUGGCCUUUGCAUCUGCUGUGAAGUCUUCGUGGGACCACGCAAGCUGUGUGUUAAAGAGAUGAACAGUGGCAUGGCAAAAAAGCAGGCCUGGCUUAUAAAGAACAAAAUUAAGGCUUUUUAUGCUGCAGUGGCAGCAGAUUGUUUCCGAGAUGGUGUCCGAAGUCUCCUUCAGGCCUCGGGCUUAGGACGAAUGAAACCAAACACUCUGGUGAUUGGAUAUAAAAAAAACUGGAGGAAAGCUCCCUUGACAGAGAUUGAAAACUACGUGGGAAUCAUACAUGAUGCCUUUGAUUUUGAGAUUGGUGUGGUCAUAGUCAGAAUCAGCCAAGGGUUUGACAUCUCUCAAGUUCUUCAGGUGCAAGAUGAAUUAGAGAAAUUAGAACAGGAAAGGCUGGCUUUGGAAGCCACUAUCAAAGAUAACGAAUGUGAAGAAGGAAGUGGAGGCAUCCGAGGCUUAUUUAAAAAAGCUGGCAAGUUGACCAUUACUAAGCCAACUCCUAAAAAAGACAGCAGCAUUAACACGAUCCAGUCGAUGCAUGUCGGGGAGUUCAACCAGAAGCUGGUGGAAGCCAGCAACCAAUUCAAAAAGAAGCAAGGAAAAGGCACAAUUGAUGUUUGGUGGUUGUUUGAUGAUGGAGGGUUAACACUCCUUAUUCCCUAUAUCUUGACUCUCAGAAAAAAAUGGAAAGACUGCAAAUUAAGAAUCUAUGUUGGAGGGAAGAUCAACCGCAUUGAAGAAGAAAAAAUUGCAAUGGCUUCUCUUCUGAGCAAAUUUAGGAUAAAGUUUGCAGACAUCCAUAUCAUUGGUGACAUCAACGUGAAGCCAAACAAAGAAAGCUGGAAAGUCUUUGAAGAAAUGAUUGAACCAUAUCGUCUCCAUGAAAGCUGCAAAGAUUUAACGACUGCUGAGAAAUUAAAGAGAGAAACUCCGUGGAAAAUUACAGAUGCAGAACUGGAAGCAGUCAAGGAAAAGAGUUAUCGCCAAGUUCGACUAAAUGAACUCCUACAGGAGCACUCAAGAGCUGCUAAUCUCAUUGUCCUGAGCCUUCCAGUGGCAAGAAAAGGAUCUAUAUCUGAUUGGCUGUACAUGGCUUGGCUGGAAAUCCUCACGAAGAACCUCCCUCCUGUCUUGCUAGUUAGAGGAAAUCACAAAAACGUCCUGACAUUUUACUCUUAGAGCAUGAAAAACUGGAACACGUAUUAACUUAACAUGUGGAUAAUUAAGAAAUAUGUUCCAGUACUGUUAAAAAACAAAAUAUUCCACUGAGUAAAUCUGAAGAUCUCAUUGGCUUUAUUCAACCAUCUAUGAAAUGGGCAGCAUCCCCUCUAGCAAACAGCAGUGCACCCUGAGGAACUGUACAAAAUGGAAGGUUUUCAUAGGAAGGAGGGUGGGGCAAGGAAGUUAUUAGCAAAAGAAAGGCCCUGGUACAGGUUUCAGCCCCACAGCAGGUUCUCAUUAAUGCUUAUUGACGGGCUGGUAUAGUCACCAGGGGCGGUCAUCAAAGGAAAAGACCAGCUGGGCUGGAAACGUGAUUAUGCUUGGCCUUCUGAGAGGCUUAUACCUACAAAGAAGAUUUGAAAAUCAAUAACUGAAAACUUUAAGAAGUACUUGAGUCUACAAAAUGUUUAAAGCACUUACCUAAAUAAGGUAAUUUAAUGUAACACAGAUUAUAUAAUUAGACUGAUCUGUGCGAUCAUUGAUAAUGUACAGCUUUAAUUUGUUGUGGACUGAAAACUAUAUCAGUUGGAUUAGAAGGUGACAUAUAUUCCAACUAAAUGAAAUAUAUUCCACUCUUAAUAUAUAAACUUUAAUUGUCCUUCCCACUAAAUAUUUUGAAAUUUCCAUCAUGGUAUUACUUUACAUAUUUUUUCUAAUUAAGCGGUUAGCACAGAUGAAAUCUUCGUAGGCGUCUAAUUGAAAACUGAGUACCACAAAUUUUCAAACUAUUAUAUAUCCUGAAUCAUAUACUUAGUGACUUUAUAUAGUGAUCAUAUGGAUUUAAAAGAAUAAUUAAAAUGUGAAGUGGAGAAACUUGCAAAAUUGGGAAUAUGCAAGUAUUGAUUUUUUUCAUCUUUGUUAGUAUUCCUAUAAUGCUUAAUCACAUUGAAAAACCAACAAAAUUUUUUUCUGAUGGAUGGUUUGAUUUUUUUUUCCUGCUAUGUUUUGACUGUUUAUUCUAACUGAUAAAAUAUAAGAGAAUCAAUAAACCUAAAAUAAAAGCAUUCUUUAAAUUUG